AUGGCGGACAACACAGCACCACCCCCAUUUGACGAUGAAGAAGAACAAAAAGACGAUGAAGACCUAUUUGCGGAUGCAAACGAGCGAAGAAAAAGUUCGGAGGUGGCUCUUGAUUCUGAUAGCGAGUCGAAACCAGCAGACACCAGCAGUUCCUCCAAUACAAUUAUACAACCUAUUAUAGAAGCACCAAAUUUAGUUAGUGGUAGUGUUGAUAAACCUCAAAUAAAAGUAACACAAUCUUCAACCUCAUCCUCUAAAACGGAAUCUAGAACUACUAAUUCUCAUGAUGAGAUCGAAGUAGAAGAUGAUGAAUACUCUAUAACUAUUAAAGUAACUGAUCCCCAUAAAGUAGGUGAUGGUAUGUCAGCAUAUAUAGCAUAUAAAGUUUUAACUAGAACAACAAUUCCAGCAUUCCGUAAAGCAGAAUUAAUGGUUAUAAGAAGAUUUAGUGACUUUCUAGGUAUUCAUUCAAAAUUGGCUGAUAAACAUGUCCAUUUAGGUAUUGUUGUUCCUGCUGCACCAGAAAAAAGUGUGCUAGGAAUGACCAAAGUUAAAAUGUCAAAGGAAGAAUCUGGUUCUGCUGAAUUUAUAGAAAAACGAAGAGCUUCGUUAGAAAGGUUUUUAAAUAGAACAGCUCAACAUCCUGUGUUGAGGAAUGAUCCUGAUUUCCGUGAGUUUCUAGAGAGAGAAGAUUUACCUAGAUCUACUAGUACAUCAGCUCUUAGUGGUGCUGGUGUUAUCCGUCUGUUCCAUAAAGUUGGUGAUGCAAUGGAGAAGAUUACAUUCAAGAUGGAUGAGUCAGAUGAGUGGUUUGAAGAAAAACAGUUACAAGUGAAUGCAUUAGAUAUUCAGCUACGGAAGUUACAUACUAGUGUGGAGACAUUAGCAAUGCACAGAAAAGAUUUAAGUGUUAGUACAGCAUCAUUUGCUAAAAGUGCAGCCAUGUUAGGAAAUAUAGAGGAACACACUGGGUUAUCCAGAGCUCUGUCACAGUUAGCAGAGACAGAGGAGAAAAUAGAACAGCUACACAAAGACCAGGCUGACCAAGACUUCUUUACUUUAGCUGAACUUAUUAAAGAUUAUAUUUCUUUAAUAGGCUCGGUUAAGGAUGUUUUCCAUGAGAGAGUUAAAACAUACAAGAAUUGGAAAGAAGCUGAAUUAACAUUAACUAAAAAGAGAGAAAAUAAAGCUAAAUUAGAAACAAACCAUAAAACAGAUAAAAUUCAACAAGCACAAGAAGAAAUUACAGAGUGGAGUGCCAAAGUUGAAAAAGGUCAUGAUGAUUUUGAGAAAAUAUCUGACAAUGUUCGUAAAGAAGUAGCAAGAUUUGAAAAAUAUAGAGUCAUUGAUUUUAAAAAUAAUGUUGUACAAUAUUUAGAGGCAUUAAUGGACAAUCAACAAAAGUUAAUAAAAUAUUGGGAAGCAUUCCUACCAGAAGCUAAAGCAAUCGUAUAA